UCCCAAGUCCCUCUCAGACCACACACACUCACGCUCUCCAGGAUGGUGUCCUGCAAGGCUGUGGCUACACUGCUGGUGGUGCACACAGCCACCAUGCUGGCCUCCCAGACGGAAGCCUUUGUCCCCAUCUUCACCUACAGCGAACUCCAGAGGAUGCAGGAAAAGGAGCAGAACAGAGGCCAAAAGAAAUCCCUGAGUGUGCAGCCAAGGUCUGAAGGGGCCAGUCCUCUGGACUCUGGGGAGCCCAUGGAAGAAGACAGAAACAAAAUCAUCAAGCUGACUGCUCCUGUGAAAAUUGGAAUGAGAAUGGACUCCAGGCAGCUGGAAAAGUACCGGGGAGCCCUGGAAGGGUUGCUGAGCGAAGUGCUGUUGUCCACCCAGAAUGCAGCCAAAUGACCUGCCGGCUCCCGGGGGACGGUGGCCAAACCUAGGAGCCCCCUCCUGCCCUAGUAAGGCCCCAGAAAUCUGCAUGGUCCAUCACCUGAGCUCAGAAGGAAAACACCUUCUCAGAAGCA